AUGUCCUUGAUUCACGCACUCGUUGGCCAUGGAUCGACUAUUCUCGCGGAACACAAGGCGGACGGACGGGAUUUCUCGCAAGCAACACAGACCAUCUUGUCUAAGAUACCCCCAAACGACAGUAAACUAACUUAUGUCUGGGAGCAGUACUUCUUUCAUUACAUCUCGGAGGGAGGAUUCAUCUACCUGGUUAUGGCAGACGAUGCUGCAGGACGUCGGAUGCCGUUUACUUUCUUGACUGAGCUCAAGCGACAGCCUACGGCGUCUUCGUCCAGUUUGGCAAAUAUGCCGCCAUACGGUCUGCAGGGCACCUUUGGUCCCACCAUCGCGCAGCUCAUGAACCAGUAUAAUACUUCUCCACCGACCGACGAGCUAUCACGCGCCCAGAACGAGCUCGCACAAGUGAAGAAUAUAAUGGUCCAGAACGUUGAGCAGAUUCUUAGCAGAGGAGAGCGUAUUGAGCUUCUCGUCGACAAGACGGAUAACAUGGCCCAGCAGGCAACGGCUUUCAGGCGAGGCGCUCGCUCUGUCCGGAGACAAAUGUGGUGGAAGAAUACGAAAGUCUUGAUGCUGAGUGUACUCGUAGCUUUGAUUCUGGUUUGGAUAAUCGUUGCACAAUUCUGUGGUGCUGGCCUCAACCAAUGUGGCGCGAAGAAGUGA